GCGGCGCGGUGGGUGUCACUGCCAUCGUCGCCGCCGCUGCUGGCAGAGGAGAGAGGAGAUCUGAGAGAGAAGGAGAGUGUUGCGUGGGAGCCGCUGCGUCGCGUCACCGCUGUCGGAUCUGUCAUCGCGCCACCGAGGAAGAGAAGAGGAAGACCCGUGAGAGAGGGAGGGGAGGAGGAGCUGUUCGCACCGCCUCCGUCGUGUCACCUGCACCGUCGCCACCAUUCGUCGCGCCGCCACCACGCUGCGCCACCAUCGUCAUCAUCGCAGGCUGCUGCUGCUGAGCGAAUGGUCGUCGCCGCCUCUGGGUCCGUCACCGUCAAGGCUGGUCGCGGGUAGAAAAAGGAGAAGAGAUCUCCGUUGCCGCUGAGCCAAACGCAAGAGAGAGAAGGAGCCCGUGGGAGAGGAGCUUGUUGCCGCCGCUGCCAUGGCUUCCUUGCCGUCGCCGUGGUUAGGUAGUCACCGGAGGGAGCCGUCGUUGUCAGCGCCGCCAUCGGGGUUACCGCCGCUUCUGCCGCCGGAGAACACCUCUGCCGGCACCGAGAUCUACCGCUGUCGCCGUUGCCGGAGUUCUGAUCGCCGCUUCCGUUCGAGGUGGCUGCCGGAGCUGCCGCCAAACCGGUUCAGCGACCGCCGCUGUUUCAUUUUCUUAGUUCGGGUCGUGUUUUGAGCGGUGCAUGUCGCUUUUAAGUUGCUGUGAGUGCUGCGAAAAUGAUCAGAGACUGAGUUUGCGGUUGCUGUUGAUUUCGGGUUAAGAGAAACGGUUUCGUUGGCGCGUUUUGAGUUAUGGUUUCGACGAGUCGAGGUAGGGGUUUUUCUUAAAUUCUAUUUUAUAUUACAGAGUUGUUAUAAAUAGAUAUUGACGCAGGAAGAUAUACUUUUGUGAUUAUAUUUGUCUUGUGAAUGUGAUGGUUUGUUAGACUGAUUUAUUGGUUGCUUGAUUGCUUGAGUGAAGUACGGUUGUUGAUAAAAAAUAGGUUUGAAAAGUUAUUUACUUAAUUAUUAUGAAAAUUGGUUUUUCUUGGUUUGGAGUUAAAGCGGUUUGAUUUUGAGUUGGUCUGAUUUGAGAAUAAUUUGAUAUGGGAGCUGGUUCAACUCUGGAAAGUGAUUGAAAUUUAGAAAUGGUUUGAGAAAUGUUUGGAUGGGACCCAAAAAGGGUGGCAGUAUCCGAGUUUUAGAGGAGAUGCUGCCGAAAUUUUAUAAAAUUAGAAACUUCAUUGAAAGUAGUUAUUUUAAAAAAAAAAGGUUUAAGUAUUAUAUGAUUUAAAACUACCUCAUUUAUCAAAGGAAGAGUUAUGUUUUG